CCGCUCCCCGCCGCCACUUCCGGCGCGGCCUACCCGUACCGCGGAGCCCCGGAUGGCGGCGGCGGCGAGGCUCGUUUGGGUGGCGGCGGCGGCGCUCCUGACUCUCACGGCGGCGGGGAACAAGACCUCUCCGGCCGGGGACACCGCGGCUACGGAAGCAGCGCCGACGGCGGCGGCGACAUCCGGGUCCUCUUCCUCCUCUUCCUCGUCGUCUUCUGGGCUGCUGGGCCUGCAUAUGCCGGCGCUUCACCGGGCGCUCUACGUCAUCGCCGGCGUGGCCGGCAUCGGCCUCCUCUACUACCUCGGGGGCCGAGCGCUGCGGACGAGGAAACCGCCGCGGAAAAAGUACGGGCUCCUUUCCAACUCGGAAGACCCCAUGGAGAUGGCCUCCCUCGAGAGCGACGAAGAUACCCUGUUUGAAACUAGAAAUCUGAGACGUAAGCUGCCUUGAGCGUGGGAUGGCGGCCUGCAAAUAAAAUUAUGUGAUGACGGGACCAACGGCCUUGAAGUGACCAGAAGAGGUGGAGAGCCCCAUCAGAAGCCACUUUUAUCAAUUCCCUUUCUGUUUCUUUUUUUAAAACUGUUACUUUAAAAAAACUUGUUACCUGGAGCUGCUUUUGAUGCUGCUUAGCCCCACCUAACUUUCAUUCCCGGGGCUUUUGGAGAGGAGAGCGGGCGUCCCCUCUUUUGCCCCACGGCCGACGAGACGAAUGUAGUGACUCUGGAGAUCGAAUCGCCAAGCCCUCCAGGACUGUGUUCCUUCCACAUUCCUAAAAACAGGCAGGACAAGAGUUUCGGAUCAGAAUUCCAGCUUGGGGCAGG